AUGGGCAGCUCUGCCUCCCGCUCGCACCACCCAUGCCCACCGGUCCUCGGGUUGGCACAGAGCCUGCAGGCGCAGAAGGUGAAGGAGGAGGAAGAGGAAGAAGUUGCCCUACUGGUUCAGAUUUACGCUGUGCUGUCCUGCCAGCUCCUGCUGGACCCAACUUCCCGGGAGUACCAGCUGGUCCAAAACUACAUGACACAGACUGGGCACAAACUCCGCAUCUUCAACAUCUGGCAGGUGGCCUGAGACGGUGAGGACGAGCGCUUCAAAGCCCAUGACCACCUGGAGCACCAGCACCUGCUCUGGUACAGUACCAGUGUGGCGAUGGUGGCAGCUAUCCUGAAGAGCAGGCUGCGCAUCAUGCCCCACUUGGGCGGGCAUGUGGGCAAGGGCAUCUUUGCGUCUGAGAACAGCAGGUCAGCCAGCUAUGUGAGCUGCACAUCUGAGAAGGCUGGCAUCAUGUUCCUGACAGAGGUGGCCCUGGGCAAACCCUGCUGCAUCACCUGUGAUGAUCCCACCCUGUGUCAGCCACCCGCCAGCUACGACAGCAUCCUGGUGUGUGGCCGGACAGAGCCGGAUGAGCCUGGGGCAGGAGUGGAACCCGCGCAGGAUGAGGAGGUGCUGCUGGAUGGCAGGAAGGUGCUGGUGUGUCAGGGCAAGCCAACCCCCAUGCCUGCCUACAAGAACUCCUCCUUCAGCCAGAGCAAGUACAUUAUCUACCAGGAGAGCCAGUGCCGGAUCUGCUACCUCAUCCAUCUCCACUUCUGA